AUGCUACCAAUGUUUUAGGAUAUUAUUUGUUUGCAAAGCGUUUUGGUUAGUCAAUGUCUCUAUCAAGCUAGCUAAGCAUGUAUCGUAUGGUUGUGGUUUGACGGCAUUUUGAUUGUUCAUGUGAUUUUGCCACGUUGGUAACACGUUGUCAGAGCACGCGCGUUAGCUUAGCCAAUGAUGACAGAUACAAUGUUGCUAGUGUUUGCGUCAUGAUAUACUACAAGAACAAGAACAAUGUUUGAAGCAGGGACUUCAAUUAGAAGUAAAAACCCAUCGCAAUUAUUGGGGACUGAUCUACAAGUAUAGAUAUUUAUAGAUAUUUAUCCCGGAACGCAAUGCUCCUUCAUAAUGUUGAGAAUGCCAGAACACGGAAGAAGCAUCAACAAAAAUGAUAAAAUCAGCUAUCCAAGGAAAGGGGCAAAUGACCUGAGGCACACCUGUCUAGAAGUUAGUAGCACCCUAAAACCCACAGACUCAUGGACUCAUUUGGUUAAAUGUGGAGUAACCCCUAUAGUACAGGGUUCGCUGAUAGCUGCUUUUGGGGACAACAGGGUAGCCAACCGGCAGACUUCAGUAGGCAAAAAGCUGGUUGUGGCUGCUUUAAGUGAACGAUGGGAGGUGGACAGUGGGUUCUUUUCUGAGGCCAGCCCACCAGCUAGUGGACACCGUUCUUCCUACCACAACAUGUGCCCGACCAAUGUGGUGGCUAUAGACUGUGAGAUGGUUGGCACUGGGCUAGGUGGGCGCACUAGUGAAUUGGCACGCUGUAGCUUGGUGGAUUACCAUGGCAACGUCCUAUAUGAUAAGUACAUCCGUCCGUGCCAGCCUGUGACCGACUACAGGACCCGUUGGAGUGGCAUCCAGAGGCACCAUUUACAGAACGCUCUGUCCUUCCCAGAGGCUAGGACCGAGAUACUACGAAUACUGGAGGGGAAAGUAGUGAUUGGCCACGCUCUGUAUAACGACUUCCAGGCCUUAGACUUGACACACCCAGGUCACAUGAUCAGGGAUACCAGUGGCACGCGUCUGCUCAGACAACUGGCUGGCUUCUCCACAAAGCGCUGCGUCUCACUCAAGAUCCUGACAAACGGCCUCCUAAACAGGAAAAUACAGGUUGGAAGAAAGGGCCACAGUUCAGUGGAGGAUGCUCUGGCUUCUUUGGACCUGUAUAAACUAGUGGAGAGGGAGUGGGAACAGGACAUGCAAGACAGAAUGAGGGACUGGGACAUAGGCACUCUUCCAGACCCCGCUACCUCAAACCACUACAUGCAGGACCAAUACUGGCCAGAGGACUUGACUGAGGACAGUCGGUGAGAAGGCUGGAGGGCAGUCGGCUGGAGGGCAGUCGGCUGGAGGGCAGUCGGCUGGAGGGCAGUCGGCUGGAGGGCAGUCGGCUGGAGGGCAGUCGGCUGGAGGGCAGUCGGCUGGAGGGCAGUCGGCUGGAGGGCAGUCGGCUGGAGGGCAGUCGGCUGGAGGGCAGUCGGCUGGAGGGCAGUCGGCUGGAGGGCAGUCGGCUGGAGGGCAGUCGGCUGGAGGGCAGUCGGCUGGAGGGCAGUCGGCUGGAGGGCAGUCGGCUGGAGGGCAGUCGGCUGGAGGGCAGUCGGCUGGAGGGCAGUCGGCUGGAGGGCAGUCGGCUGGAGGGCAGUCGGCUGGAGGGCAGUCGGCUGGAGGGCAGUCGGCUGGAGGGCAGUCGGCUGGAGGGCAGUCGGCUGGAGGGCAGUCGGCUGGAGGGCAGUCGGCUGGAGGGCAGUCGGCUGGAGGGCAGUCGGCUGGAGGGCAGUCGGCUGGAGGGCAGUCGGCUGGAGGGCAGUCGGCUGGAGGGCAGUCGGCUGGAGGGCAGUCGGCUGGAGGGCAGUCGGUGGGCAUAGUACUAGGCCAAGGGUAAUAAGUCAAAUGAUUAAAGUUGCCAAGCCUGGCGGUAUGGUUUAGUCAGUAACAAGUGUUUUUCUGACUAUGGUUAUUAACUCAAUCAUCCAAGCUAGGAGGGGUUGUCUCUUCAGCCAUUUGGUGUAGCCUGCAGCGUUCAGCCCGGCAGCCGCUGGGGACAACAGGUGUGUGUGUACGUACCCUUUAGCAGACGCUUUUAUCCGAAGCGACUUAGUCAAGUGCUUACAUUUUUGUGUAUGAGUGGCCCUGGGAAUCGAACCCACAACCCUGGCAUUGCAAGCACCAUGCUGUACCAAACCAUACAGGACCAGUGGGUCAUUGCAACAAAGGUCUGGGGUACAGUCAAGUGGUUCAACGUCAAAAAAUGGGUAUGUUUUCAUUGAAUUUCAAAAUGAGUGGUCUAACAAUGCUCUACCUACGUAACCCCAGUCAUAGCAGAAUGAAUUUUGCUGUGCGAAUUAAAAUGGACACGCACGCAUCAACUUUUAUGCCCACAAAGGCACAACUUCUCCCAGUUUGAAUGUGGGCAACGGACAAGCAGGUGGUUGCACACCUUUUGCUAAAAUGUAUGCUAUUGAUGGUUUUUGCACUUGAAACUGAAAUAUGUUGGUAAAAUGUAAGCUAUGCAUCUUAUCCUCUCACAAGGUUGUCUAUGGUAAGUACAUAUAUUUGGAAAUUGGCUUUAUGAGGAAUUGUUCAUCUCUAUCAAUGAUUUGAAGUGGGAGGAAUUAAGUAGGUUUGAUGAUAAUUGGGAAUUACAGCCUGUGUUGAGGUUGACGUAACUUGCAGAUACUAGUGCUAAUCAGAUAUGAAAUGUUGUAACUUUACUUUAAAUGUGGUUUGGAAAUUUUAUACAGCAUAUUGUGUUGUGAAAAUAUUUGCAUGGAGUUUGAAGUUGUGAUUUGAAUAAUCAUGUUUGCAGACACGAUUGUGUUCAUUUUGUGGAAAGAGAUGUUGGUGUUGAAUUUGAGUUAAAUGGCUGCUGUUAAACAAUGCCUUUAACUUUAAAUGCACAUGCAAUGUUCUGGACUUAGGUUUUAUGCAAGGUGAAAUCAUGGUUCUGUCUGGACGUACACUCAGUCCUAAACAAUGGAGGCUGUUGAGGGGAGGACGGCUCACAUUAAUGGCUGGAAUGGUGCCAAUGGAAUGGCAUCAAAAACAUGGAAACCAUGUGUUUGACGUAUUUUUGUUACCAUUCCGCUCCAGCCAUUACCACAAGCCGGUCCUCCCCAAUUUAAGGUGCCACCAACCUCCUGUGGUCCUAAAUGACUUUCUUGAAGAGGUUGUUAAGCAGAAUGUUACCUCUUGUACUUUUAGAAUUCAUGCUGUCUAUUGAACUUAUUAAAGUUAGUGAACAACA